AUGGGCUUGAUCCAAUUUAUUACAUCCUUGGGCAAGAAAUCUGAUCCAUCAAACAAAACCCAUCCUCAUCAAGCUGAUGGCUACAAGCCAGUACUCCCCAGCGAACACAGCAGCAAUGACAAGUUGACCACCACCUCCACCAGAAGUAGUAGCCGUAGCCAACAGCACGAACACGAAGGCUUUGGUAGCAGCUUUAGUAUGCGCUUCAAUGAAGAAAAUGUACCAGCAGCAUCAGCAGCAGCAUCAUCAUCACCACCUCGAUUUGGCAAUACUCAUCAUAUUCCUCCCCCAACACCAGAUGAAGGAGGAGGCAACGUCACACCUCAUUGGGAGCCGUAUUACUUGUUUGGCAAAUCAUCCAAUCCAGCUAACGAAAAGUAUAUUAAAAUCGAUGAAUAA